AUGCAUUCAGUCGAAAUGCAAAAAAGUGUUUCAGUGCAAGUAGAUAGUGAUUUCGCUUUGUUACUGCCGAGCGGUGUCUACGAAAUUAAAAAAAUGGAGCCAAGAUCGAAGUUACGAAAAGUGAUACUAUUCUGUUUACUACUAUCACUGUUUGGUAUGGUGGCAUUUGGAUACUUCUGUCCUGACCAGGUGUGCGCACUGUCACCGCGGGAUCGGGUGUCCGAGUCGUUGGCUCUCUCGUACGCUGAAGCUCCUGGCAGGCCACUUCCUGACGUCAUCGCUCAGCCGGGUCUCUCCUAUGACGAAGUCCUUCACGAUGACUUCCGAUUCGACCUGAACGCCCACGACGUCAUGGUCUUCUUGCACAUACAGAAAACUGGCGGAACCUCUUUCGGCAAACACCUUGUCAUGGAUUUAGAUUUAAAGAGGCCAUGCAACUGUCAACGAGCGCGAAAACGGUGUCAUUGUUUUCGACCGCACAGCAACGAAAUAUGGCUGUUUUCGAGAUACUCUACCGGUUGGAAGUGUGGUCUACAUGCUGACUUCACGGAACUGACUGCGUGUGUGGGCGGGGAACUGGACCGGCACGAGGGAUCCGCUGUGCAUCGACGGUACUUCUACAUCACACUGCUACGGGAGCCUGUGUCCAGGUACUUGUCGGAGUACAGACACGUGAAACGCGGCGCCACGUGGAAGGGAUCCCGGCACUGGUGUCAAGGAAGAACUGCUACAGCUGCUGAAGUGCCAGCAUGUUACUCCGGAGACUCUUGGCGUGGUGUGACUCUCGAAGAGUUCAUGUCCUGUCCCUGGAACCUGGCGAACAAUCGGCAGACUCGUAUGUUAGCUGAUCUGGCGCUGGUGGGCUGCUACAACGGAACCCUCAAGCACCGCACAGCAGAGACCGACAGGGUCCUCCUCGCCUCUGCUAAAAGAAAUCUUGCUGCAAUGGCGUACUUCGGACUUACAGAAUAUCAGAAGAUAUCUCAGUACGUGUUCGAGGAGACGUUCAACCUGCUGUUCGCGGUGCCGUUCACACAACACAACGCGACGGUGUCGGGCGCCACCCUGGCCGCACUGUCGCCUUCUCAAAUCGCACACAUCAAGCGACUUAACUCACUCGACCUCGAGCUCUACGAGUUUGCCAAGAACCUCAUGUUUAAAAGAUUCGAAGCAUUGAAGAAACGAGACACGGACUUCGAGUACCGGUGGCGGCAUUUGGGAGAAGUGGCACGCAGUGGCGUCACCGAGUUUGACUGGGACAGCAAUUUGGAAGACGCCACUACUGAGAAGUCUAAAGGCAAGUAA